AUGGCAUACACAAGCUAUACCCUACACCCGGUAAUCCAGUCUGAAAGUUUACUCCCAUAAUGCUCAGGGGUUGAAUAUCCCCUACAAAAGACACACACUCCUCAAACGGCUCAAGUCCACGCAAGCCAAUAUCGUGUGCCUCCAGGAGACACAUUUUCGCACGCAUACCCACCCAGCGGUGGUGUUAGAAUCCUACCCGCACCAAUUGCAACCCACAACGCAACAUAUGUCUGAAGGGGUCUCCAUAUUACGCAAAGACCUAACAGUAGUGUACCACACUCAAACUACUGACCCAGGGGGACGUUACGCUAUAUGGCAAUGCACCAUCAAUAAGCAAGACUUUACCAUAGUUAACAUAUACUCACCAAAUGCCAACCAGAGGAAUUUUUUGCAUAGUAUAUUAGCUAAGGUGGACAAACUGAGUAAGGGGGUGCUCAUAAUAUGCAGGGAUUUUAACCACAUUUUUGAUCCCACCUUGGACAUUACCAGAUCACCUAAAACCCCGAACUAUGCUUCGCUGAAAAGGCAAUGCAAAGACUUUGCAUGCUUGAUGGCAUCCCAUGGCCUUAAUGAUGUCUGGAGGGUGCUACACCUGGGAGAAAAAUGA